UCUUUAUUUCUUUAUCAUAUUUUCUUAUCGUUGUCCUCCAUGAGCGUGGCGUGGGAGGCCAGACAAAUGUGAUUUGAAAUUUCAGGAAGCGGGUCUUCAAGAAAAGGCUACAACUGGCAAUAUUGGCAUUUGGAUAGGGAAACACUGAAGUGAAGGGCAAGGUUACUAAAGAAAAGCGUUCCAAAUGGCAUCAACAUCGGAUGCCUCCAAGACUUCAUUCCCUGUGACAGAGGCAGCUUCGAACUUCUAUCUGUAUCCUGCUCCUCUUGCAAAAUUUGAUGAUAUCGCGGGUGAUCCCAGGCUCUUUUUGUACACAUUGGAGAAGCUCAACAAUCGUCUGGGUUCCAAGUUCAUGAUACCCAUUAUAGGGGGAAAAGAACUAGAUUUGCAUCGGCUUUUCUUGCAAGUGACUUCUCGUGGAGGCAUUGAGAAAAUUAUAAGGGAGAGAAGAUGGAAAGAAAUAACUGCUCUUUUCAAAUUUCCAUCUACAGCUACAAAUGCUUCUUUUGUGUUGCGGAAGUACUAUGGUCAAUUGCUUUACCACUAUGAACAAUUAUACUAUUUGAAGGCCCCAGGAUGGACCCAUAUACCUUCUGAUGCUUUGCAGAGUUCAUUGCAUGUUCCAGUUCCUACAAGAAUACAGCCGAUUUUGCAUCCCCCAGUUAAUGCCUCUGAAUUGCCUGAAGCAACUUCAGCUUCUUCUGCAGGGACUCCAGUGAUUGGGGUGAUUGAUGGAAAAUUCGAAAGUGGGUAUCUUGUUACUGUCACACUGGGUUCAGAGAAACUUAAAGGUGUGCUAUAUCAGGCUCCACAAAACCCUGCGUUGCCAACAAUGCUGCAACAUAGUAGUGUUCCAGUUAAUUACAGCAAUACCUCAUCAGCUGCUUUGGGUGUCCAUCGUCACCGACGUAAGAAAUCUGAGAUAAAAAAGAGAGAUCCUGAUCAUCCUAAACCUAAUCGAAGCGGAUACAAUUUCUUCUUUGCAGAGCAGCAUGCAAGAUUGAAACCGCAUCACCAUGGGAAGGACCGAGAAAUCAGUAAGAUAAUUGGUGAGCUCUGGAACAAAUUAAUAGAGCCAGAGAAAGCAGUUUAUCAAGAGAAGGCUCUUAAGGAUAAAGAGAGGUAUCAAGCUGAAAUGGAGAAUUAUAGGGAGAAACUGAAAACAGGCCAGGGUAUAGGUGAUGCUGUGCCGCUACAACAACAAAUUCCUGAUAAGGAUAUGAUGGAUGCCGACUUGAAAGUGGAUGAAUCUGAGGGAGUAGAAUUUCCUCAGACACCAGCUGAGAGCAGUUCUAGUGAAAGUGGCUGCGAAGUUGAUAAAGGUACAGAGCAUAAUUUGGACGUGAAUGCAUCUCCUGGAAUGAUAGGAGUGGGUGCUGAAUCUAGCUAUCUGGGUGGGAGAAACCAUCGAAGGAGAAAGAAGGGAAUGAUGAUGGAGAUCAACAUGCUCAAAAGAUGGAUGAGAGCUCAAGCAUGAUGGCUAUGCAGUAAAGAGUGGAGCAAAGGAACGAAGAAUCUUCAAGAAUUUUUGAUAUGGCUGAAAAUCCCAGGCUUAAUAUAGGUUAGAUUGCCGAAAAUGAAUUAGGAUGUUACAACUUGUGGUAUUGUGUUUUCAAGAAUGUUUACGAUGCUCGUAUGGGCGUCAUUUUGCUGUAAAUUUAGCACGCUGCUAUAGACAUUCGCUAAUGAAGCAAUGGGUACUGGAGGAUUUUUUGUUA